AAAAAGUUUCCAUUUUGAUUUGUAUUUAAGACUUCAGCUCAUAGAAAACCUCAAAAUAUAAGUAACAGGCUACCUAAGACAUAAAACCUAGGAAACCCCUGAAAUGGUCGGGCGAGCACCGCCGUCGUUCACCGGAAAUCAAUCUCCGUGGACAAUGAAAAAGAAGAGAAGUAAAACAAUGGCAGAAGCAGAAUACUAUUUCUAUUUACCAGAUGAUUGUUGGGAACGCGUAUUCAAAUUUCUGAACGACGACGGUGAUGACUACGAUCAUAAUCGUAACUUGAAGUCUAUCUCCGUCGUCUCGAAGCAAUUCUUCUCUAUCAGCAACCGUCUCCGAUUGUCUCUCACCGUAUACGAUCCAACAACCCCUUUCCUCCACCGCCUCUUCCAUAGAUUCACAAACCUUACCUCCCUCGACCUCAGUCACUUCCAUGGCGACCUCGACGAACUUCUCUUUCAAAUCUCUCUUUUCCCAUUGAAACUCACAUCACUCAAUCUCUCUCAUAAACCUAUCAUUAUUCCCGCUGUUGGCUUGCGAAUUUUCUCCCAAAAAAUUACAACUCUAACCUCUCUCACUUGUUCCAAACUACAUUCUUUCACUAGUACUCACUUGUUCCUCAUUGCUAAUUCUUUUACUUUACUCGAAGAACUCGAUCUCUCUCACCCUUGUUUCCAGGAUCACAAUCACAACUACACUAGCUACCUACAUGGGAUUGAGGCUCUCUCGUUGGCACUUUUCAAACUCCGCAAGAUUAAUCUAUCUGGGCAUUCCUAUAUCAAUGACAAGUCCAUUUUUCACUUGCUUAAGAACGGUAACCUUCUCCAAGAUGUCAUCUUGCUUGAUUGUUUUCGAAUAACCAAACAAGGAGUUGCCUCUGCUCUCAGUCAGAAACAAACAACAUUCACAUAUUUAUGCCUUCCAAAAUUCAUUACUGCACAUAUCAUUCACUCCUUGCUGAGUUUUAAGGGUUUGACUUAUAUUGAUUUGACUUAUUCUACUAUUUCGGAUGAACUGCUCACCUCUAUUGCAAUGGAACGUCUUCCUUUGAAGAGGCUAGAUAUCGGUUUUUGCAAUGGACAUAGUUAUGCUGGUAUGUUUAGUUUGUUAUCCAAAUGUCAAUCUAUCCGACAUUUGAAUCUUCAACUCACCGAGUUUUUGAACGAUAGUCAUGUUGUGGACUUGUCUUUAUAUCUUGUUGGUUUGGUUUCUGUAAACCUUAGUCAUUGUCCCAUGGUCACAGAUUCAUCCUUGUUUGCACUAGUUAGGAAAUGUCCUUCACUUAGUGAGAUCAUAAUGAAAGAGAUUGGGGGUAAUAAGAGUAUAGUCAAUUAUGACUAUUUGAUCGAUUUUGGAGUAUACCCUCAAUUAAAGUCUCUCAAUAUGUCUUACCAUUUAUGGUUAGACGAUGAAAGCAUCAAAAUGUUUGCUUCUGUUUUUCCCAAUCUCCACCGUCUUGAGUUGAAAACUUGCAGUAAAAUAUCUCAUCAAAGUAUUGUUCAUGUUUUAAGUAGAUGCCGUAAGAUAAGUCAUUUGAAUUUAUCAUCUACAUGGUUGAAGCUACGUGGAUUGAACUUUGAAGUUCCCAAGCUUAGGAUGUUGAACUUAUCAUUUUCAGACGUGGAUGAUGAAGCACUCUAUUCGAUCUCAAACAGUUGUUGUGGGCUUUUGCAAUUGUUAAUAAAUGAUUGUUUAGGAUGCACGGAGAAGGGAGUGAAACAUGUGCUAGAAAAAUGCACACAAUUGAGAGAGAUCAAUUUGAAAAACUGUUCCAACGUGCAUACCAAUGUUGCUGCCUCAAUGCUAUUUUCAAGUCCAUCAUUGAGAAUGAUAACUCCUCCACCUCAUAUUCAUUUCACUGAAAGUGAGAGGAAACUCUUGUUGCGUCGAGGAUGCAUUGUUUGCUCAAGUUUGAACUCUCAAAGGGAAUGGGGUUGGACGCAUUAGUAGCAAUUGACGUCAUUCAAUCUCGUCAUUUGAAGUUAGAUGUGGAGCAAAUUGAGGAAGCAUUACAGAAUACUUUGGUUUUUAUAAAAAAUGAUGGUCUUUUCUGUUAAUGCUGAUCGUCGUUGUGCUGUGGCGGUAAACUCACCUUCUUCUUGGUGAUUGUAAUUUUCCAGCUUAACUAACAAAAAUUGGCUGGUAUAUACUAUCUAGCCUGUGACUUUUUACUCAGGAUGGUAAUUGUUUCUAAUUAUGUGUUUGAAUCAUAUAAAUAAGCCUCAGCAAGGCUUUUUUA